UUUCCUUAUAUGCGGAAAAACCCUAGACAUCAUCUUCGUUAUCCCAUCUCCCACUGUGGCUCCGUCUCUACCAAAUCUCGGAUUGCUUUCCCGGUGGGCUCGAUUCAUUAUUCCUGGAAAUUAUUACUCAAGGCAUUGUCACGGAAUGGCAUCUGACACGAAAAGCUACGUGAGGAGAGAUCGUCUUCUCGAGAUUGAGGUUGCGGUUCGUAAAUGGUGGGAAGACGAGGAAGUAUUCAGGGCUGAAUCUCGCAAGGAUCUUCCAAAACCAGGAGAAAAGUUCUUCUCAACCUUCCCUUUCCCGUAUAUGAAUGGUUAUCUACACAUUGGGCAUGCCUUCUCACUCUCCAAGGUUGAUUUUGCUUCUGCUUAUCAUAGACUGAGAGGUGCUAAUGUUCUUCUUCCAUUUGGCUUCCACUGUACUGGUAUGCCAAUUAAAGCUUCUGCGGAUAAGCUGUCUCGUGAGAUCCAGCAGUUUGGGAAUCCUCCUGUGUUUACUGCUGAAGACAACACCAAACAAGCUCCUCAAGCUGAGGAGGAGACUAGUGAUACGCCAGCUUUACCUGAUCAGUUCAGGGGAAAGAAGUCAAAGGUGGCUGCGAAAUCUGGUGGACAGGUUUAUCAGUGGGAGAUUAUGCGCAGUUUUGGUCUCUCUGACAGUGAGAUAGCGAAGUUCCAAGAUCCGUACGAAUGGUUGUACUACUUUCCCCCAUUGGCUGUUGAAGAUCUCAGGGCAUAUGGAUUGGGUUGUGAUUGGAGACGGUCAUUCGUGACCACUGAUGUUAAUCCGUUUUUCGAUGCUUUUGUGAGGUGGCAGAUGAGGAAGUUGAAAUCUAUGGGAAAGAUUGUCAAAGACCGGAGGUAUACGAUUUUCUCACCUUUAGAUGGCCAGCCUUGUGCUGAUCACGACCGUGCUACUGGUGAAGGUGUUCAGCCUCAAGAGUACACUCUUAUCAAGAUGGAAGUACAGAAGCCAUUUCCUCUGAAACUGGGUCCUUUGGAAGGAAAGAGAGUGUUUUUAGCUGCAGCUACUUUGAGGCCUGAGACCAUGUAUGGACAAACAAACGCUUGGGUUUUGCCUGAUGGGAAAUAUGGAGCUUAUGAAAUCAAUGAAUCAGGUGAUGUCUUUAUCCUUACUGAGAGAGCCGCACUCAAUCUUGCCUACCAGAACUUCUCGAAGACCCCUCAGAAGCCUUCAUGCUUGGUCGAGUUGACCGGGUAUGAUCUGAUUGGACUCCCUUUGAGAUCUCCUCUGGCAGUGAACGAGAUCAUCUAUGCUCUGCCCAUGUUAACUAUUCUGACCAACAAAGGUACUGGCAUUGUCACCAGCGUGCCUAGCGAUGCCCCUGAUGAUUACAUGGCUCUACAUGAUCUAAAUGCAAAGCCUGCACUUCGAGCAAAGUAUGGUGUGAAAGAUGAGUGGGUACCCUCCGAUAUUGUACCGAUUAUUAACAUUCCGGAGUUUGGGGAUAAGGCUGCGGAAAAGGUAUGCUUGGAUCUGAAAAUUAAAAGUCAAAAUGAUAAGGAAAAGCUUGCAGAGGCAAAAAGGUUGACGUACCUGAAAGGAUUCACCGAAGGAACCAUGCUUAUUGGAGAGUUUGUUGGUAGGAAAGUUCAGGAAAUCAAGCCCAUUAUUAAGGCGAAGCUCAUAGAAUCUCGCGAGGCAAUCAUAUACAGUGAACCCGAGAAGCCGGUAAUGUCAAGAUCAGGUGAUGAAUGUGUUGUGGCUCUUACAGAUCAGUGGUACAUCACGUACGGUGAAUCAGAAUGGCGGAAAAUGGCUGAGGAUUGCCUAUCAAACAUGAAUCUCUACUCAGAAGAAACAAGGCAUGGCUUUGAGCACACUUUGAGCUGGCUCAAUCAGUGGGCUUGCUCACGGUCAUUUGGUCUUGGAACUCGUAUUCCCUGGGAUGAACAGUUCCUUGUGGAAUCCUUAUCUGAUUCUUCUCUUUAUAUGGCGUAUUAUACAGUUGCCCAUAUCUUUCACGAUGGAGACAUGUAUAAAGGCAGCAAGUCUUUAAUUCGCCCUCAGCAGAUGAAUGAUGAAGUCUGGGAAUAUCUCUUCUGUGAUGGUCAGUACCCAAAAUCAUCUGACAUUCCGUCGGAUGUGUUAAGUAAUAUGAAGCAGGAAUUUGACUACUGGUACCCGCUAGAUCUUCGAGUUUCAGGGAAGGAUCUUAUUCAGAAUCAUCUGACAUUUUUCAUCUACAACCACACUGCACUAAUGGCGAGUCGCAACUGGCCACGUGGCAUUAGAUGUAAUGGUCACAUUAUGUUGAAUUCUGAAAAAAUGUCAAAGUCAACUGGCAAUUUCAGAACCCUGCGACAGGCUAUUGAAGAAUUCUCUGCCACUGCUACAAGGUUUUCGUUGGCUGAUGCUGGUGAUGGCGUUGACGAUGCAAAUUUUGUAUUUGAAACCGCAAAUGCUGCAAUUUUGCGUCUGACAAAAGAGCUCACAUGGAUGGAAGAAGUUCUGGCUGCUGAAUCCUCUUUGAGAACGGGCCCUCCAUCGACAUAUGCUGAUAAAGUGUUUGAAAAUGACAUGAACAUAUCUAUCAGAUUGACUGAAAAAGCCUACAAAGAUUGUUUGUUUAGGGAGGCACUUAAGAAUGGGUUUUACGACUUACAAGCUGCUCGAGAUGAGUAUAGACACUCUUGCGGCAGUGGCGGCAUGAACCAUAACUUGGUAAUGAGAUUUAUGGAUGUGCAAACACGCCUUAUUGAACCAAUCUGUCCCCAGUUUGCAGAAUAUGUUUGGAGGAAGCUUUUGAAGAAAGAAGGCUCUGUGGUAUCGGCAGGGUGGCCUACAUCAGAUGAGCCAGAUUUGGUUCUCAAGGGUGCUAACAAAUAUUUGCAAGAUUCUAUCGUCUUAAUGAGAAAGCUUCUAACAAAACAGAUCCAAGGUUCCAAGAAGGCUGCUAAGAAAGGUGCGCAAGUAACCGCAGUGGCAGAAGAAAAGCUUAAAGGCCUUGUAUAUGUGAAUGAGCAAUUUGAUGGAUGGAGAGCUCACUGCCUCAAGAUUCUGCAAAGCAAAUUUGACCAACAAACACGCUGUUUUGCCCCUGAUGCAGAGGUACUCGCAGAACUAAGGGAGAUAUUGCAGAGGGAUGGACAAACAGAAAACUUCAAGCAGAUUCAGAAGCUUUGCAUGCCUUUCCUUAAAUUCAAGAAGGACGAGGCAAUAGCUCUUGGCACUCAGGCUCUAAAUUUGAGGUUGGCUUUUGGAGAGAUGGAAGUCCUUCAGAGUAACAUGGACUUGAUCAAACGGCAACUUGGUCUUGAAGAGGUUGAAAUAUAUUCUGCAAGUGACCCCAAUGAUGUUGCUAAAGCUGGUCAACAUGCUUCGCUUCUCAAGCAGAAUCCUCCAUCUCCGGGCAGUCCAACCGCUAUCUUCGUUAACAGAUAGUUCAAAGGGAAAGUGUGGGACAUGUUUGAACUAGAAGGCAGGGAUUGAAGGCUCGGGAGUUUGCAGGGUUUUUGGUGUUUAUGUAAUCAGAUUUGAUUUUCAACUGUUUUGACUUCUUUGCUGAAUUUUGGCUCUUUUUUUUUUGUAUUGUGUAGUAAGAUCGUAUGUUCUUUCUUAUCAAUAAUACAAUUUCCUUAUUACAUUU